AUGGCUCGACAACGGCGAGGAACUAUUUUCCAGGUGAAGGCACUCUUAACGGUGCUAUCGACGACCGUAGCCAUCACGAAUGCUCAAGACCCAACCUUGACGUCCAUAACCAGCGUCAGAACCGUCUCCGUAACUGCGCCCCCGAUCGAACCUACUACAUUCACGCCAUUCCCCAUUCCUUCGGGGAGUCCAGUUCCAGGGGUGUUCCCAGCUGUCGAGCCCAAAAAUCCUCCUGCGGCCGAUUCUGGGGUCAUUCCAAACUUCGGACCUGCCUGGCAAAGGGCUUACGAGAAAGCGAAGGCGAAGGUGGCUACGUUCUCGUUAUUGGAGAAGGCCAAUGUGACUACGGGGAUUGGAUGGAUGCGAGGAAGAUGUAUGGGAAACAUCCCACCUAUUCCAUGGACUUCCGAUCCCAAUCCCAAAGUUGGGACCAAGACUCCAGACGGCCGUGAACAGUGGCCCGGGCUAUGCCUCCAAGACUCGCCUCUUGGCGUCCGCUAUGCCGAUUUCGUCACGGCAUUCCCAGCUGGUGUUAAUGUGGCCGCUACUUUCAACCGACGCCUCAUUCGCGAACGAGGUCUACUCAUGGGACGUGAGUUCAAAGGGAAAGGGGUCCACAUUUCCCUUGGGCCUGCCAUGAAUAUGGCCAGGGUUCCCCAAGGUGGACGAAACUGGGAAGGAUUUGGAGGUGAUCCCUUCCUUGCUGGUGAGGUCUCCUACGAAACCAUCUUGGGUUUGCAAGCAGGAGGCACACAGGCCUGUGCAAAACACCUCGUCGAGAAUGAACAGGAGUACAAGCGCUCCCUUUCCAGCUCUGAAGUGGACGAUAGGACAGAACACGAAGUCUAUCUCCACCCAUUCCUUCGGAGUGUAAUGGCUGGAGCAACCAGCAUGAUGUGCAGUUACAACUUACUCAAUGGAACAUACGCCUGUGAGAACAGCAGGCUCCUCAACGAUAUUGUAAAGGGAGAGUACGGAUUCCAAGGAUACAUCCUGUCCGAUUGGGGGGCCCAACACUCCACGAUGUCUGCGGUAACAGGUUUAGAUAUGACAAUGCCAGGAGGCCUCAACUUUGAUGGCUCAGGCCCUUACUGGCGGGAGACCCUUGCUCGCUUCGUCGAGAAUGGGACUAUCCCCGAAAGCCGCGUCGACGACAUGGCAAUUCGCAUCCUUGCAGGAUGGUACUUCCUCGAGCAAGAUUCGCCUUCCUUCCCUCCCGUCUCCUUCGACGCAUUCAAACCGGACGACGAAACCCUCAACGACCACAUCGAUGUCCGCGAAGACCACCACAAGCUCGUGCGGGAGAUGGGCGCUGCGAGUAUCGUCCUUUUGAAGAACGAGAAUGGUGUCCUGCCUUUGGGUCGACGAACGUACAGUACCGCAGCUGGAUCUGUACGCACUGAGGCUGUAAAAGAAGCCGAGAGGAGCAUUGCGUUAAUUGGGAGCGGAGCGGGACCUGGACGGGGAGGACCUAAUCAGUUCCCAGAUCACGGAGGUCUGGACGGGCAUUUGGCUAUGGGAUGGGGAUCCGGGACUGCCAAUUUCACCUAUCUUGUCACGCCUCUCGAUGCCAUCCAGCGCCGAGCCCAAGAGCAACGCACCAACGUCACUUGGCUACUCGACGACUUUGACCUCCCUCGCGCAGGCAACAUCGCACGCUCCGCCUCCGCCUCGCUCGUCUUCAUCGCCGCCACCUCGGGUGAAGGCUACAUCACCGUCGACGGCAACGAAGGCGAUCGUAAGAACCUCACUGCCUGGCGCGGGGGAGACGACCUCGUCCUCGCUGUCGCUGCCCAAAACAACAACACCAUCGUUGUAGUAAACAGUGUUGGCCAGCUGGACAUGGAGAGGUGGAUCGAGCACGAGAACGUUACAGCCGUCGUUUGGGCGGGGUUGUUGGGCCAGGAAUCGGGGAAUGCGAUUGCGGAUGUGUUGUUUGGGAGUUACAACCCCACUGCGCGGUUGCCGUAUACGAUUGCGAGGAGGAAGGAGGACUAUAGUGCGCAGUUGGCACUUGGUGGGGAGUGGAGGGACAUCAUCGCCAUCCCAUAUGACGAAGGGUUGGAGAUUGAUUAUCGUGGGUUCGAUGCUCGCAACGUUACACCUCGAUACGAAUUUGGCUUUGGGCUGAGUUAUACGAGCUUCGAGUAUAGUCGACUUUCGGUUAGGAGGGUUCCUCGGUCGGAUGAUGUGGAUCGAGAACUGGUUCGUGCUUGGGAGGGGGGAAGGGCUACUCCGAAGACGCCUGGUAUCUCUCGGGCUUUCUGGCUCCACAGACCCGCGUACGAAGUGAGCUUCACUAUCAAGAAUACGGGUCCUGUUGCUGGUGGGGAGAUCCCCCAACUCUACGUCAACUUCCCAGAAUCAGCGGGCGAGCCUCCUUCAGUUUUAAAAGGCUUCACGGACGUCCAUCUCAGUCCUGGCCAGAGCAAGACUGUCACGAUCACUUUAUAUGACUUGAGCAUUUGGGACGUUGUGCACCAGGGUUGGAAGAAGCCUGAGGGUAUCAUCAACUUUUUCAUCGGCCAAAGCAGUCGAAAGGAGAAACUGAAAGGGCGAAUUCCCUGA